GUACUUUAUUUUUUUUUUCUGCAAGCUUAUCCCCAAGACUGUACUGAACUCCUUGAAAACAAUGACGAAGCGAGUAGUGGAGACUACAUGAUUCAGCCUCAUGACGAAGGCGAACCGUUUAGAGUGUACUGCGAUAUGGACACUGACGGUGGUGGAUGGACGGUCUUCCAAAAACGAGAAGAUGGAACCAUCGACUUCUAUAAAAAUUGGUCGGAAUACAAAUUAGGGUUUGGGAAUGUCAAUAGCGAGCAUUGGCUUGGUAAUGAGAAAAUCCAUCGGCUUUCGUCUGCAGGUAACUACGAAUUAAGAGUUGACAUGUCUUCCUUCGAAGGAGAAUCUAAGUACGCCCGCUACGACAACUUUCGACUUGCUGACGAACAGAACAAUUUCAGACUGAUACUUGGAACUUACAGUGGCGAUGCAGGCGAUUCUCUUGAUUGGCAUCGUAAUUUACAAUUUUCAACAUCUGAUAGAGAUCAUGAUACGUAUGGUUUGUCGUGUGCAGUGCUUUACAAAGGAGCAUGGUGGUACAACAGCUGUCUUUGGUCGAAUUUGAAUGGCUUGUACUUGAAGGGUGAAACCGACCAGUACGCUAAAGGAGUCGUGUGGAAACAUUGGAAAGGUUAUUACUAUUCAUUGAAAACAACUGAGAUGAAAAUUCGUAGAUUGAAAGUUUAGACUUCAAUAGUUGUUCAGAGAAUUACCUAAUGUCCGCUCUUGAUGAAUAUCAAUAUUCAACAAGGAUUAUAAUUUAUGUUUUAUGUAGUCUUUUAUGAAACUUUUCUAGAAUAUUUCAGUUAUAGAUAGAAACAACAAGCUAUUCGAUGGCUAAUGCUGUAUUGGUAAUUUUAAUAGAAAAUAAACAUUAUGAAUUGCGAACAAUA